ACAUUAGCGCUGAGAUUAUUGAUUGCAUCCGGCGCUCUGCUGCAGAAAGGCCAGGAACCUGCUGGCGGAGAGACGGAUAUAGCGUCUCCUCUGUCUCCUCUGUCUGCUCUGCCUCGUCUCCUGCAGGAAACUCGACGGGGUGCGCCACGGCAUGGUAAAAGCAGGACGAUGACUGAGCUUUGAAGGAUGCAAGAGUUGAACCACAGCAGGGGUGGAGCUGCGCUGGUGAUUUCAGUGGACAAGUUAUUUUCAAACAGGAAAUGCAGCCUGGUCGAAAUUAAAAGAAGAUGGAAGACUGCCGAUAUUUAUUCAGGCCUUGGACUGAGAGACCCAAUAAUGGACCUGUAAGUGUGCAUGAGCGCGUUUGUGUGCAACAACUGGCAAAUCUCUGUCGUUCCGACAUUUAGUAGAAAGUCUCCUCAGAUGACUCCUGUGUGUGAUUCUGGGAUUACCAUAGUGUCUCUCCUCCAGUCAGUGAGCACCUGUAGAAAGCUUGCCCUCUUUAUCCCAUAAAGUUACAGUCCUCUCCUUUCUGCCUGUAACAUCACUAAUGUAUCAUAUGUGAAUCAGUAUAUCUUCAGGCUUACUGAAACUGCCCUGUGGAUGCCCUGAAUCAUUGAUGCAGGAAUGAAGAGGAGUGUGAGGACCAUGAAGUGGGUUCCUGCAUCUGUGUCCUUGAUUGGACGGAGUGUUCAGCCCCCAUCUCACAGAGAAACACUACGCACACAUCAGAUUGGCUAGCUUUAUCACGAUUUUGUUUCCCACAACACUUCUGUCCCCCAUCGAAGCUCAGUGGACACCUGAGGUUUUUAGAUUCCGUCAUCAAAGGUUUACCAAGCCAGGCCAACCAGGAAGGAACCACUUUCCCUAAGGCAGACAUUUUUUAUUGGAUUAAAAACUUUUUGAAUGAAGCAACCCAGCAGCAUGCCAUCGUCAUGGAUUCCUUCGACAGGCUCAUUAUUCUUUCUGAUAAUUGCAUAACUGCAAAUAAAUUAUGCCACGUUUACUCCUCUCAGAAUUUGAGGACAUUUAUUAGACAUAGAGGAAGUUCUGGAAGAAAUAACAAGAUGUCUGCUGUAAAACACGACAAUGCCCAAAGAUCGUUUUGUCUCAAGACUGGCAGCGAGGACACAGACAGGAACAGCUUCAGGACGUGGAACCCUGAGAUCCAUCAGAAAACACGUCAAAACGAUGAUCAUUCACAAAGACCAGGGAGGAGGAGUAAAAGUGAGAAAAUGAAAAUAAAGAAAAGCGUUUCCUUUGAAGAGGAUGUCAUCGUCUACCUGUUUGAUCAGGAAACACCCACUCUCAAGCUGCCUUCAGGACCCUCAACAUCUCCACCAUUCCAUUUUCCCACCAUCCAGUCUGAUGUUAUAUCAAAGGACGAUGGGUUGCAGUGGGAAGAUGACUUCUCAGCGUUGGAGUGUGCUCACCAAUCUGGCACCGUGUCCCUGCCGACAAAGAGCUGGACUUCUCAGGCCAGGCCAGAGCGCUGCUCUCUGGCCCAAACUUGUCUGUUCCUCACCUAUGUCACCGAGUCAGACCUUGAACUAUGACACAAAGUGACUUUUAUAAGUUGGGAGACUCGGUUGGAGACUGUGAGGUGAGAGGAAGCAGCAGGAUGAAGUCCAAAGAGAAGGGCGUGAGACCCUCCAGGAGGCCCUGGUCCGACCCGGAGCCGGAGAACGAACCGGACACAGAGCCGGGCUCCAGCGAGCAAGAGGGCUCGGAGGCCUCGGUCCGGAUCGGCGGCUCCUGGAGGGGCUCCCUGAGGAGCGGGGACGGCAGGCGCCGACAGGGAGGAGGAGGAGGAGCAGGUGGGGGAGGCGGGCGGCGGCGCAGGAUGCACGGGUCCAGCACCAAGGAGCGCAGCAUCCGGAGGCUGGAGAGCAACGAGCGGGAGCGCCAGCGCAUGCACAAACUCAACAACGCCUUCCAGGCAUUGCGCGAAGCCAUCCCACACGUGAAGAUGGACAAGAAGCUGUCCAAGAUCGAGACUCUGACUCUGGCCAAGAACUACAUCAAAUCCUUGACCACCAUCAUCCUGGACCUGUCGGGGGCCUGCCUGCCCGCUGAGGCAGGGCCCUCAGGGGCCAGGGCUGCCAGGCUGCUGCAGUGCUACCAGCAGCAUCUGGAGGAGGGGGGGGAGGACGGCCUCACCCAGUACCUCACCCACAUGCAGAGCUUCGGCCAGGAAAGUUAACAGCCUGAGACUGUAAAAGGGUUUGGGACCAGGAGCCCCCUGCUGGAUGCGGCGCCCUACAACAACUGACUGCCGGCCCACGGAGCCUCGCAGAAGUUUUCAUGCCUCUUGAACCUUUUCACAUUUUUUCACGUCUCAACUCCAAGCUGUCAGGAAAUAAAUGAAAUGGAAAUAUUUA